ACUGGAAGAGGACACAAACAUGGCCGUUUCCAACUCAUGCAGAUUAUCGGUCGCCCCGUGACCUUCUCGUUCUCAUUUGGAGACAUGAAAAUUGCAAAGCAACCCAUUCUAGCCUCUUGGGAUUUCUCCGAAGGAACAUUCUGUAAUCGCUUGAAGAAAAUCUGUCAGCUCUAAGGGGAGGGAGGGCACCUUUGAAGAGGAGAAGACCUUGUAAGGAAGACGGAUUUCAUCCCUGAAUCUGGAGCCAGGGAUUCAAGAGUUUCUCAAAAGAAGAUGAAGUCCUCAAUACAUUCUGAAGAGGAUGAUUUUGUUCCAGAGCUACAUAGAAAUGUUCACCCCCGUGAGCGGCCCGAUUGGGAGGAAACGCUUAGCGCAAUGGCAAGAGGAGCAGAUGUCCCGGAGAUCCCUGGAGAUCUCACACUAAAGUCGUGUGGCAGCACAGCGAGCAUGAAGGUCAAGCAUGUGAAGAAGUCCACCCCCCCUGGACUGAUGGGCUGUGACAACAUUCACAGGUUACCCUUCACAAAGGGGCACUUUCCAAAGAUGGCUGAAUGUGCACAUUUUCAUUAUGAGAACGUGGAGUUUGGCAGCAUACAGCUUUCACUAUCAGAAGAACAGAAUGAAAUAAUGAAAAACGGCUGUGAAUCUAAAGAGCUGGUCUACCUCGUGCAGAUUGCCUGUCAGGGCAAGAGUUGGAUUGUUAAAAGAAGUUACGAAGAUUUCCGGGUACUUGAUAAACAUCUUCAUCUCUGCAUUUAUGACCGACGGUUCUCCCAGCUCUCAGAGCUGCCCCGGUCUGACAUCCUGAAGGACAGUCCUGAGUCGGUUACCCAGAUGCUUGCGGCUUACCUGUCACGCCUCUCAACUAUCGCUGGCAACAAGAUCAACUGCGGGCCUGCCCUCACGUGGAUGGAGAUCGACAAUAAGGGAAACCAUCUUCUAGUUCACGAGGAGUCGUCCAUCAACACUCCCGCCGUUGGUGCUGCCCACGUUAUCAAGCGGUACACUGCUCGGGCCCCUGACGAACUGACCUUAGAGGUGGGAGACAUCGUUUCUGUUAUUGACAUGCCCCCCAAAGUGUUAAGUACGUGGUGGAGAGGCAAGCAUGGAUUUCAGGUGGGACUCUUCCCUGGUCAUUGUGUCGAGUUAAUUAACCAGAAAGUUCCUCAGUCAGUGACCAACUCAGUGCCAAAACCAGUGUCUAAAAAGCACGGCAAGCUCAUUACCUUCCUGCGAACAUUCAUGAAGUCUCGCCCAACCAAGCAGAAGCUGAAGCAGCGGGGCAUCUUGAAGGAGAGGGUGUUUGGCUGUGACCUGGGCGAGCACCUCCUGAACUCUGGGUUUGAAGUGCCCCAGGUUCUCCAAAGCUGCACAGCGUUCAUCGAGAGGUAUGGCAUCGUGGAUGGGAUAUAUCGUCUCUCUGGUGUUGCCUCCAACAUCCAGAGACUUCGUCAUGAAUUUGAUUCUGAGCAUGUCCCCGACCUGACGAAGGAACCCUAUGUUCAAGACAUCCAUUCUGUGGGCUCCCUCUGUAAGCUGUACUUCCGAGAACUCCCGAACCCUCUGCUCACCUACCAGCUGUACGAGAAGUUCUCUGAUGCUGUUUCUGCAGCAACAGAUGAAGAGCGGUUGAUAAAAAUCCAUGACGUCAUCCAGCAACUCCCCCCACCACACUACAGAACCCUGGAGUUCCUGAUGAGGCACCUGUCUCUUCUAGCGGACUAUUGCUCCAUCACAAAUAUGCACGCAAAAAACCUUGCCAUUGUGUGGGCACCAAACCUGCUGAGAUCCAAGCAGAUAGAGUCGGCUUGCUUCAGUGGGACAGCGGCCUUCAUGGAAGUGAGAAUUCAGUCUGUGGUUGUUGAAUUCAUCCUCAAUCAUGUGGACGUGCUCUUCAGUGGCAAAAUCAGUGCUGUCAUGCAGGAAGGGGCAGCUUCUCUGACAAGGCCCAAGUCCCUGCUGGUCUCUUCUCCAUCUACCAAGUUGCUGACAUUGGAGGAAGCCCAGGCAAGAACUCAGGCUCAGGUCAAUUCUCCUAUUGUGACCGAAAAUAAGUACAUCGAAGUAGGAGAAGGGCCUGCUGCACUUCAAGGGAAGUUUCACACCAUCAUUGAGUUCCCACUUGAAAGGAAGAGGCCUCAGAAUAAGAUGAAGAAAUCUCCGGUUGGCAGCUGGCGCUCCUUUUUCAAUCUGGGGAAGUCCUCUUCUGUCUCCAAACGCAAACUGCAGCGUAACGAGAGCGAGCCCUCAGAGAUGAAAGCCAUGGCUCUGAAAGGUGGCAGAGCAGAAGGAACCCUCCGCUCAGCUAAAAGUGAGGAGUCUCUUACUUCUCUCCAUGCAGUUGAUGGUGAUUCCAAGCUGUUCAGACCCAGAAGACCCAGGUCCAGCAGUGAUGCACUCUCUGCCUCCUUCAAUGGAGACGUGCUGGGGAACCGGUGCAAUUCCUAUGACAAUCUGCCCCACGACAAUGAGAGUGAGGAGGAAGUAGGGCUGCUCCACAUCCCAGCCCUCGUGUCUCCUCAUUCCGCUGAGGAUGUCGACUUGAGUCCACCAGACAUUGGAGUGGCCAGUCUGGACUUCGAUCCGAUGUCAUUUCAAUGUAGUCCUCCGAAGGCUGAGUCCGAGUGUCUGGAGAGUGGUGCUUCCUUCCUGGAUUCAUUAGGGUUCACCAGGGAUAAACUCGGUGCCAGCAAGAAGGAUGUGGAAGCAGGUGGGAGCCAGUCGCAGACUCCAGGGAGCACCGCAAGUUCGGAACCCGUGUCCCCAGUCCAGGAGAAACUGAGUCCGUUUUUCACUCUGGACUUGAGCCCCACUGAGGACAAGUCUUGUAAGCCAUCUUCAUUUACAGAAAAGGUUGUUUAUGCUUUCUCUCCGAAGAUUGGACGGAAGCUAAGCAAAUCUCCUUCCAUGAACAUAUCUGAGCCCAUUUCUGUGACUCUUCCACCUCGGGUGUCGGAAGUCAUUGGUACCGUCUCCAACACUGUAUCUCAGAAUGCAUCACCUCCAUCUUGGGACAAAAGUGUGGAAGAAAGAGAUGUCAUAAAUAGAUCCCCCACCCAGCUAGGAAAGAUGAAACCAGGUGAGAGAGAGGCACAGGAGAGAUGUGAACCUGAAGCACAGCCCCAGGAGCAGGGGGCAGCUGAAGAGGUAGAGUUGCCAGGGACAGAGGAGCGGCCUGUCUCGAGCAGUCAGAGCAAGGCUGUGCCUUCUGGACAGAGUCAGACAGGAGCAGUUACCCAUGACCCCCCUCAGGAUCCCGUUCCUGUCAGUUCAGUCUCUCUUAUCCCACCACCACCGCCUCCGAAAAAUGUGGCCCGAAUGUUGGCACUAGCAUUAGCUGAGUCUGCACAGCAAGCCUCAACGCAGACACUGAAGAGACCAGGGCCUUCCCAGGCUGGGUGCACUAGUUAUGGAGACAUGGCAGUCGCUACAUCUGAAGAGAAACUGCCUAGUUCCUACUCUAGCGUUACUCUAGAUAAAACCUAUUUCCAAACGGACCGACCAGCAGAGCAGUUCCACCUGCAGAUCAAUGGACUCGGAAAUUGUAACCAGCCUCUCCCAGAGACAGCAGCUAUGGGAGGUCCCACCCACCCCAACACAACUGACUCUGGGGAGCAACUCCACCAAGUAGACUUAAUAGGGAAUUCGCUACAUCGAAACCAUUUAUCUGGGGAUCCAGAAAAGGCUAGAAGCACUUCAGCUCCCUUAACAGACUCAGAGAAGUCUGACGGUCAUGGAAGUUUCCCUGAAGACCACGCUGGGAAGACCAGCGUGUCCACUGUCUCCUUUGUGGAGCAGGACCAGUCUCCACUUCAUUUCUCCAGUGGAGACCAGCCCCUCUCUUAUCUUGGUACCAGUAUGGAUAAACCCCACCAUUCCUCAGAACUUACAGAAAAAUCUCCCAUGCCUUCUACUUUGCCUAGGGACAAAGCCCACCCUCUUUCUGGGUCCCCUGAAGAGAAUACCAGCACAGCCACCAUGGCAUAUAUGAUGACAACUCCACCAAGAGCCGAAACGAGCACCAGAGAGGCCAGCAGAGCCAUGGCUGUACAGCCCACUGCUGCUGAUUUUGUGGCUGCCACCCUUCAGCGAGCACACAGAACUAACCGGCCCCUCCCCCCACCUCCUUCCCAGAGGCCUACAGAGCAGCCACCAGGUGUGGGGCAGGUACAAGAAGCACCAAGUAUAGGAGUGAAUAAUUCCCACAAGCAGGUCCAGGGAGCAGCUCCAGCUCCAGAGAGGCCACCUGAGCCUCGAGCCAUGGCUGAUCCUGCAUCCAUCUUUGUCAGUGAUGGCAGUGCUGCUGCCCAGUGUCCCAUGGCCGUCUCUGCUGCCCAGCCGGGACUGCCUGAGAAGGUUCGGGAAAGCAGCAGGGCCCCGCCACUCCACCUGCGUGCGGAGACAUUUCCUGGCCAUUCCUGUGGCUUUGCUGCCCCCGUCCCUCCAACACGGACAGUGGAAAGCAAGAUGGCUGCCGCCAUGCACUCCAGUGCGGCAGAAGCCAACAACAGUUCAAAUUACCACUCCUUUGUCCCUUCGUCAGCCUCCGCGGAUGAUGUGCUGCCUUUGCCACCCCCCAUCGCGCAGCCUAAGCAUGCUUCUCAGAAGAUAGCCUACUCCUCCUUUGCUAGGCCUGAUGUCACCACAGAGCCCUUUGGUCCAGAAAACUGUUUGCAUUUCAAUAUGACUCCAAACUGCCAGUUUCGCCCCCAGAGUGUACCUCCACACCACAAUAAGUUGGAGCCACACCAGGUGUAUGGCACCCGAUCAGAGCCACCGGCCUCCAUGGGUCCUCGCUAUAACACCUAUGUGGCACCGGGGAGAAGCAUGUCUGGACACCACUCCAAGCCGUGUAGCCGGGUGGAGUAUGUCUCUUCUCUGGGCUCCUCAGUUAGGAAUCCUUGUUGCCCUGAAGACAUUCUACCUUACCCUACCAUCCGGAGAGUACAGUCCCUCCACGCGCCCCCGCCUUCCAUGAUCCGCUCUGUUCCCAUUUCACGGACAGAAGUUCCCCCAGAUGAUGAACCAGCCUACUGCCCACGACCAGUCUACCAGUAUAAGCCAUACCAGUCCUCCCAGGCCCGCUCAGAUUACCACGUAACACAGCUUCAGCCUUACUUUGAGAAUGGACGGGUCCACUAUCGGUAUAGUCCGUACUCCAGCUCCUCGAGCUCCUAUUACAGUCCUGAUGGGGCCUUGUGUGACGUCGACGCCUACGGCACGGUCCAGCUGAGGCCCCUCCACCGCCUGUCCAAUCGGGAUUUUGCUUUCUACAAUCCAAGGCUGCAAGGAAAGAAUGUGUACAAUUACGCUGGUUUGCCUCCACGCCCGCGGGCCAGUGCAACUGGCUAUUUCUCCGGCAAUGACCAUAACGUGGUCAAUAUGCCCCCCACUGCUGACGUAAAGCACACGUACACUUCGUGGGACCUUGAGGACAUGGAAAAAUACCGCAUGCAGUCCAUCCGCAGAGAGAGUCGAGCACGGCAGAAGGUGAAAGGGCCCAUCAUGUCUCAGUACGACAACAUGGCACCAGCUGUGCAGGACGACUUGGGAGGGAUCUACGUCAUCCAUCUACGCAGCAAAUCAGAUCCUGGGAAAACUGGACUUCUCUCUGUGGCAGAGGGGAAGGAGGGGCGGCACCCAGCCAAGGCUGUCAGCCCCGAGGGGGAUGAGCGUUUCUACAGGAAGCACCCAGAGUCCGAAUUUGACAGAGCCCACCAUCAUGGAGGGUUUGGCAGCAGCCAGGUAGAAAAGCCAUCCCUCCCACAGAAGCAAAGCAGCCUUAGGAACAGAAAGCUUCACGAUAUGGGUUGUAGCCUCCCAGAGCACAGGGCGCACCAGGAAGCAAGCCAUAGGCAGUUAUGUGAGUCAAAAAAUGGACCACCAUAUCCCCAGGGAGCUGGCCAGUUAGAUUAUGGGUCCAAAGGGAUGCCAGACGCCUCUGAGCCAAACAGUUACCAUAACUCUGGGAAAUAUGUCAUGUCAGGGCAGGAGUCUCUAAGACUGAACCACAAGGAAGUGAGGCUUUCCAAAGACGUGGACAGGCCUCGAGCCAGGCAGCCACCGGCCCCCGAGAAACACUCCAGAGACUGCUACAAGGAGGAGGAGCACUUCACGCAGUCUAUGGUCCCACCCCCCAAGCCAGAGAGGAGUCACAGCCUCAAACUGCACCACACCCAGAACCUGGAGAGGGACCCCAGCAUGCUGUACCCGUAUCAGACACACAGCAAGCGCCAGAGCAGUGUGACUGUCGUGUCCCAGUACGAUAACCUGGAGGAUUACCACUCCCUGCCCCAGCACCAGCGAGGAGGCUUUGGAGGGGGAGGCAUGGGGGCCUAUGUGCCCUCUGGCUUUGUCCAUCCACAGAGCAGGACAUACGCCACAGCGUUGGGUCAGGGGGCCUUCCUGCCCACAGAGCUGUCCUUGCCACAUCCUGACACGCAGAUCCAUGCAGAAUGAGCCCCGGGAGCAAUAGAGUUGAAGCAGCCUCUGCUGGACAGUGGACUGUUCUAUUUUUUUUUUUCAAUAACCAAAAAGAUUUAACGAAAAAAAAAAAAAAAAGCUACAAACCCCCUGGCCACACGAAAGAAGCAUAAUAAAAUCACCACCUUC